AUGUUUCAUGCAUUGAAUUGCAAGACGAAAAAUGUCAAUUUUGAAAUGAAAUCGCGUAAUGAUGACUCUCUACGAUCAACUAAAGCACAUCUGGCAUCUGGUUCAACUGCAGUAAUGCUGAUUGCAAUUAAUUUUGAAAUAUCCGGUGAUGUACUUCUAGAAUUUUACGUCAACAUAUUAAAUGAAGCUCUCGCCAAUGAGGAAUUCUUCACAUCCUUAGAUGUCUUCAAGAAUAAUAAUGUUGAGAGUCAAACCCUGUGGAGCACGCAACGCCUUACUUAA